AACUCUAUUUCUCUCUCUUACCUCAACCGAGGAUUCUUUUCUCACGUGGUGGUUAGAAGACAAAAAGAUUUGAAGACCGUUUGAAGAAAUCUAAAAGAAUGGAGAUAGCCCAAAGUCCAAGUGCCUAGAAGCCAGUGGGAGCUAUCGUUUUAUUUUUCUUUUAGGGGCCACAAUCAAUACACGUUUAUUUACUGCGUUUUGUGAAUGCAUGUUGAAUGGAUAAACUAAAAUUGGGGGUUUUAUCCUGAUUGUUCAAAAAAUAAAGAGUAAAAGUGAUUUUUUAAUGGAGCAUGCUACAUGCACCCCAAAAAUUUCUCAGACAUCGACGCCGCCCACGCCCGUGUUUGCUGCCGUGUCAAGCCAAAAUUACAACCCCAAUCUCCGCCGCCUCGAAUUUCCAGGGAAUGACCUCCACUGUUCCGGUGAUGGACUCGAGCAGAAGCAAUGCCGCCCUUCAGGCUUCUUCGACGGAGAGACGCCGGACGACGACGGUGACAGGGUUGAGACCAGCGACUUCUUCUGACGAGCUGUACCUAUUCCGGUGACUUCCUCUGGCGACCGUCAGGCAGCAGUGACGAGGACCUGGGUAACUCCUCGCUGCUCCAUUAGCUCCCGACAGUGGUAACGUUUGGGCUUCGGCAGCAACUGAUAGAAUCCGUGCAGCGGGUUGAACGAGCUGUAAAGUUGGA